AUGUGGUCGCCCUACCUCAAGAAAGAUCUAUUGGAACUGGAAAAGGGCUGCGGCUGUGUCUGGGGUGGGGUUUUGCUGGCUGCUGCCUCACCCUCUCCCCCUCCCGCAGCCUAUCAAUACCAGCUGGCCCUGGAGCGCUACGAGUGGAACGAGGUGAAGAACGUGAAGUCCAUCGUGCCCAUGAUCCACGUCUCGUGGAACGUCGCCCGGACGGUCAAGAUCAGCGACCCCGACCUCUACAAGAUGAUCAAGUAUUGCCUCAUGCAGUCCAUCAAGCACUGCCAGGUGCUGCGGGAGACCUUGGUGCGUUCGGGGAAGAAGAUCGCCUACCAGGGCCGGGUGAAGGACGAGCCGGCCUACUAUUGCAACGAGUGUGACGUGGAGGUGUUCAAUAUCCUGUUUGUGACGAGCGAGAACGGCAGCAAGAACUCGUACCUGGUGCACUGCGAGGACUGCGCCCGCCAGCGCAGCACCGCCCUGCACGGCGUGGUGGUGCUGGAACAGUACAAGACGGAGGAACUGAUGCAGAUCUAUGACAGCUUCACCCUGGCUGGAUCCCCCAGCUCCAGAUGAGCCAGACCUCGCCCAGGUACUUCCUGGGCAGAGACAGGAAUCAGCUCCCCCUUCCCCUGUGCCCCCCUGCCCCACUGCGGGAAGGAGGGGACAUCUUGGCACUGCCCGUCCCAGUGGCCAAUAGCAGACAAGCUCUUGUUUACUCCGGAACCGCUCCGGCCCAAUCAGCUUUGCUGUUGAAACGAGGGGGAGGGGGCGGAGCCCCAGAAGCAGCCAAUCUUCUGCGUGAUCCCAAGAGCCAAUCCGCAAGCAGCCUGUGAAUACAGAAACUCACACAAAUGAACUUUUUAAUUUAUUCUUGACAAUGACCUUGGGGGGGAGACGGGGAAACUUUUUAAAAGAAAUAUUUUUUUUUUUUUAAUUUUAUUUUGGAAAAUAAUAAAAACCACACCCAACCCCCCCCGCCCACAAGACGGGAAAAGGAAAAACGUGGACGCUGGGCGGCUCGGAGGGGCCGGCGGAGCCCUCCGGGCGGUUCCCUGACAGACACACGCCAGCCUUCGACCGGGGACAGGAGAUCGGCCACACGCAGGAGAACACGGACUCUGGAACUCCGCCACAAUCUCUCUUCGUCGACGGAGCAUUAACUCGUUUGGUUUGCAGAAGCGGGGCGGGGGGCGGGGGGGGGGGAGACCCCGGCAGCGGGGAAAGGGGGGUUGGGUUGUUUUUUCUUUUUGUCGUCUUUUUACAUUUUUCUUGUCAGCAAAUGAAGCAAAAAAACAAAACAAAACAAAAAAAAAAACCAACCAACAACAAAAAAUACGGGUUUUUUACGCAGGAAUUUCCCUUUGUUUCCUCUUUGUGCGUUUGUGGCAGUGGGAGAUUGUACAUUGGUUUAUAUAUAUAUUGGCGCGGGGCGGGCGGUUUGUGUGAGCGUGCGUGGUUUGAUUCUCACUCUUUGCUUUCUUAAAUCCUGGCUGCUUUGCUUUGGGGGUCUUUUGAUUCGAUGUAUUCCUGGCUUGGUUUUUUUUUUUCUUCUGAACUCAUGUGAAGGAGCCAAUUCCCGCCGGCUUGGGUCCCCGAUUGUGCGAACGAUGGUGCAAAGGGGGAGCGAGGAACCCUGCUCGGAUUCCAGCCCCGUGCUCAGGGCUUCGCGGGAACCCUGCCCCCGGGAGCUGCCUUCCCCUGGGUUAAGCGUUUCGCACAAUCGCGGCCGUGUUUUACACUUCUCUCAGGUCAUCCACAGAAACUGAGCCAGGACGGCAGGACAGAUAUCUGCCUUAACUCCCCCGCCGGCCAGGUUUCGCCUCUCCACUUCUCACUUGUUUUCAAACCAGAAACAUGUCGGGUGCUUUUUCUUUUCUUUUUUUUUUUUUUACCUCCAGGUCUCAGAGUUUUGCAAUUUGUAAAUUGUCCUCUUGUUGUCGUUGUGUAUUUUUUUUUUUUUUUAUUUAUACAUCAUUUUUGUAAUGAUUUCUCUAUUUAUUGGUUGCAAUUGGGGGGUUGAUUUGAGUGUUUGGGGGUUGUUUUUUUUAAAUCUCUCUUUUUUUUUUAAUCAUGUGUAUUUGUCUGUUUCUCGCCGGAAUUUUUUUGGGGGGGGUUAAUGUUAAGGCUUGGCCCGUCCCCGGCAUCGUGAGACGGGGGUUUUUGUUCGGUCUUUUGCCUCUUUUCAUGGUGCUGAAUUCCACACUCACUGUGCGAUCGGGACUUCUGUUCAUUUCCUUUUGAGGAAUCUUGUCCCUUUCCCCCUCCCCUUGUAGAACCCCCCCUUCCUAUCCCAGCAUCUCGCCAACACACUGAAUGAAACAAGCGGAAGUCUGGGUCCUCCUGGAUUAUACUGUACUGUAAGGCGACAAAGGAAAAAAAAAUCUUAUUUUGUAAAUGUAAAAAAGAUUAAAUUAACUCACAGAGAUACA